UGCCCAGCCCGGAGCGGGAGCGGAGCUCGGCCGGGCCGGGCCGGGCCCGCUGGAGAAGCCCCGCCCGGGGGGGCCAUGGCCGAGCGGGCCGCUGCCCAGGCUCUGGCCACCCCCCGCCCCGUGUCUGUGCAGCCCCUGCCCGCUUCCGAAGGGACCCCCGGGAGAGCGAGCGCGCUGCACCCCGCAGAGAUUUCCCUCCCGGCCCUGGCUGCCCUCCAAGCCCUGGGGAGGAAGGUGGACUCUCAGGCUGCACAGUUGCUGAAUCUGGAUGGGAGAAUGGGGACGGCUGAGAAGAAACUAGUCGGCUGUGAGAAAACAAUGGUGGAGUUUGGGAACCAGCUGGAGAGUAAAUGGGCCGCGCUGGGAACUCUGAUCCAGGAGAAUAAUCUGCUGCAGAGGAGGCUGGAGAACAUGGAGAACCUGCUGAAGAACAGGAACUUCUGCAUCCUGAGGCUCCCCCCAGGCACUAAGGAGGAAGUUCCCAAGGUCCCGGUUAUGUUUGAAGACAUCUCAGUCCACUUCUCCAGGGAGGAGUGGGAGAAUUUAGAAGAAUGGCAGAAGGAGCUUUACAAGAACUUGAGGAAAGACAACUAUGACUCUUUGAUCUCCCUGGACUGUACCAUCUCCAAACCUGACAUCCUAUCACCGACUGCGCAGGAGGAAGAACCAGGUGUCAGGGUGCAGGGAGAUCUGGAGGAGAGAGGAACCCCUGUGGAUCCCAGCACUGACUCUCCAGUUUCGACACCUGAGGUUUUAUCCCAGGUUAAACUAGAGGAGGGGUCGUGCAGCAGAGUUCAGCAAGAAUUGGAAGAGAGAGAAAUCCCUGCGGAUCCCAGCCUGUCAGGUGAUGGGCUUGUGAUCAAAACGGAGGAGGGGACGGUCAGGGAAGGCCACAACAGCCCAGAGCCACGUGGAGUGCAACUGGGGACGUGCAGAGAGAGCGAGGGGCAGGCUCCCGAGUGGGGAGCACCCUGUGAGAGUCUGCCUGGCCCGGUGACGCAUCUGAGGAGUGACCUGGAGCAGCCCAACGAAUGCAGGGAGGGCCGGAAUGAAAUCGCUGAGCCCCAGGGCGGCGGCGCCGUCUCCCGGCUCUGCCAGCCCGCGGAGAGGCCCUUUCAUUGCCUGCAGUGUGGCAAGAGCUUCACCCGGAAAGACACCCUGCUGUCCCACCAGCGCACCCACACCGGGGAGCGGCCCUACGCCUGCGCCCAGUGCGGGAAGACCUUUGCACAGCAGUCCAAGCUCAGCAGCCACCGCCGCACCCACACGGGGGAGCGGCCCUACGCCUGCAGCCAGUGCGCCAAGACCUUCGGCCGCAAGGAGCACUACACCCAGCACCAGAGGACCCACACGGAGGAGCGGCCCUUCAUCUGCAGCCAGUGCGGGAAGAGCUUCCGCAGGUACUUCAACCUGACGGUGCACCAGCGCACCCACACAGGGGAGCGCCCCUACCCGUGCGCCCAGUGCGGCCGCCGCUUCAGCCGCAAGGAGCACUUCCUGCUGCACCAGCGCAUCCACACCGGGGAGCGCCCCUACCAGUGCAGCCAGUGCAACAAAAGCUUCAUCCACCAGUCGCGCCUCAACUACCACGCCCGCAUCCACUCGGGGGAGCGGCCCUACGCCUGCGCCCAGUGUGCCAAGCGCUUUGCCGAACCCUCCAAGCUGGCGGUACAUUGCCGAGUUCACACCGGCGAGCAGCCCUACUCCUGCCUCCAGUGCGGCAAGAGCUUCGGCCUGAAGAAAAGCCUCGUCGUCCACCAGCGGAGCCACGCUCAGGAGCGGCCCUACCAGUGCUCCGAGUGCGGUGUCCACUUCAUCUGCCAGUCCUACCUUGUCCGGCACCGGCUGGUCCACACCGGGGAGCGGCCCUACAAAUGCACCGAGUGCGGCAAAAGCUACAGCCGCAAGGAGCACCUGCAGAACCAUUGGCGUAUCCACACCGGCGAGCGGCCCUUCCAGUGCACCGCUUGCGGGAAGAGCUUCAUCCAGAAACAUCACCUCCUGAAGCACCAGCGCAUCCACACCGGGGAGCGCCCCUACCAGUGCGGGGAGUGCGGGAGGAGCUUCCGCUGCAAGGAGUCCCUGAAGGAUCACGCCAGGGUUCACGGCACAGAGCUGGGUCACCUGCAGGCUGCGCCCAGUCUCACGCAGGUAUUGAAGAUGGGCACCGUGGGCCGAGAGAGCCGGGGGGGAGCUCAGGGUUUGGUUGGAGGGGGCGAGCGAGCCCAGGCGGGAGUCCCCGCAGGGCGCUGGCGUGGCCGGGCAUCCCUCGCCCCAGCGGCUGAAGGACAAGCCCUUGUCCCCGGCUAUGGCCCGGCCCCGGUCCGAGGGGGCCCCGUGCGGGCUCGGAGCUCGCUGCGCCCGUGCCCGAUUCAGGAAUGGAACGUCGAGGCGCAACAUCUGCUGCCUUUGCAGCCGCCCCUUGUCCCCGAGCGCGCUCACAUGAGAGAAGCACAGCUGCACACGGCAGAGGCCUCUCUCUGGACUGUGGUGGCUACAGUGCAGGCCAUGGAGCGGAAGAUCGAUCUGCUGGCCACGCGCCUGCUGAGCCUGGAGGGGAGAUCUGGGACGGCCGAGAAGAAAUUAAUAGACUGUGAAAAAACAGCAAUGGAGUUCAAUAACCAGCUGGAGAGUAAGUGGGCCGUGCUGGGAACUCUGAUCCAGGAGUACGGGCUGCUGCAGAGGAGGCUGGAGAACGUGGAGAACCUGCUGAAGAACAGGAACUUCUGGGUCCUGAGGCUCCCCCCAGGCACUAAAGGGGAGGUCCCCAAGAUGCCGGUGACGUUCGUCGACGUGGCUGUCUAUUUCUCCGCGGAGGAGUGGAAGAAUUUGGAAGACUGGCAGAAGGAGCUGUACAAUAACCUGGUGAAGGAGAACUAUGAAUCUUUGAGCUCGCUGGACCGGACCCGUUCCAAAGCGGACCCCGAGCCCCGGAUUGAACGAGGGGAAGAGGCUUGUGUCCAAGAGCAGCAGAACUUAAAGGAGAGAGAAAUCCCUCCAGAGCCCUGCACAGAAUCCCUGAUGUCAACGCCCGACAUUCUGUCCCGGAUCAAACAAGAGGAGGGGCCUUUUGUCGGGGAGCAGCAGUUCUCGGAGGAGAGAGGAAUUCCCGCGGACCCCUGCGCAGGAGCAGACGCUCUGAUUUCUGCCCAUGACUUUUUAUCCUGGAUUAAACAAGAGGAAGAGCCCUGUGUCCGGGAUUCGUGGGAGUUGGCUGAAAGAGAGAUCCUCACUGGCCCUGGCCCAGGCGACGGGCUCAUGGUGAAGUCGGAGGAGCAGCGUCACCGCCAGGCAGGCCCGGAAGAAUUGGGGUUGCUGGGGGGCUCUGGGGAGCCGCUCUACCAGGCCCCGGCCUACGGGAGCCAGCGUGGCUCGGUGACGCAGCAAGCCGACCCUGGCGAGAACAGACUGGGUAAAUCCUUCCGCUCGGACGCCAGCUUCGGCGAGUUACCAGGCACCUUGAUCCCGCGGGGAGCCGGCGCGCUGGGGGAGGAGCGGCCGCACGGCUGUGCCGAGUGCGGGAAGAGCUUCAGUGUGAAGAAGAGCCUGAAGAUUCACCAGCGGAGCCAUGCCAAGGAGCGGCCCUACGCCUGUGGGGAGUGCGGCAAGAGCUUCAACUGCCACUCGGGGCUAGUGCGGCACCAGAUGAUCCACCGCGGCGAGCGGCCCUACAAGUGCGAGGAGUGCGGGAAGUGCUACAGCCGCAAGGAGCACCUCCAGAACCACCAGCGGCUGCACACCGGCGAGCGGCCCUUCCAGUGCGCCGCCUGCGGGAAGAGCUUCAUCCGCAAGCAGAACCUGCUAAAGCACCAGCGCAUCCACACCGGGGAGCGGCCCUACCAGUGCGGGGAGUGCGGGAGGAGCUUCCGCUACAAGGAGUCCCUCAAGGACCAUCAGCGGGUUCACGGCGCGGAGCUGGGGGCCCCCCCUGGGCUCCCGCCGGCCCUGGGCAGUGGGGACUAGAUCCUGGGACUCCGUGGACUAGACCACAUGGCAGCUCGGGACUGGGUCGUAACCGACCGCGAGUUAAAUCCAAGGCAGCGAAGUGAAAACCAGUGCCAGAAACGAAGCUUUUACCAAAUACGUCCGUGGGGCACGAGGCAGCCAGGGUGUCUGGCACGUCCUCGGAGGGACCCCCAGCACGUUUUUCAUACCCAUCUCCCAUCCCCUGGACAAGCCCCUUCCACGCAACCUGCAGAGAGAGCCAGAAAGGCCGGUGCAUGCGCCGAACGCUGCUCCCCGCCUCCUCCCGUGCCCAAAGAGCAACCUCGUCCCCACUAACGUCCCGCUCCGGUUCUGAACCCCACCAUGGCCUCACUCCUGGGGCUCUUCUCUAGAACCCGCUUCCUUUCUCCCGCUCCACACCCACAGCGGCAAGAUUGUGUGAGAGCCUUCUCCUCUGCAGCUCCUGCCCCCAGAGCCGCCUCUCCCCACAUUUCUCCUCCCACUGGAUGUAGAUUGAUUCUUUCUCACCCGUUGCUCUGUGUCCCGCCCCCUCCCCCCCCCGUUGUUUUUACAUUUUAAUUUCAUAAGCGUGCAGUUAAACUCUGUCAAGUGUUUGGCGGUGUAGUUUUAUAUGGCAGAUGCAAUGCAAAAUAAAGUUGUGUUGGGCUGUU